UCCUAUUCUAUUCUGCAAGCUCAUUUUAUCAACCCAAAAAUCCUCAGCAUUUAUCCCAACUCACAAAGUGAUCGCCAUGGAUUACAGUACUCACCAAUUGCUGGCAGAGCAGCAGGUUCAAUAUUAUCAAUUGAAGUCAGAAGCCUUUGAUGAGAUACAACAACGGCGAUCCGCAAAUUAUAAGCCAAACAUUUGGAAAUAUGAUUUUUUACAGUCCCUUCGUAGCAAAUAUGAUGGUGAUGAAUACAGGAGAAGGGCAGAGAAGUCGAGAGAGAAGGGGAAGGACAUGUUUGUCAAAGCAGUGGAAGAAUUAGCCAAACUGGAGCUGAUUGACAUGAUCAGAAAACUAGGCCUGGCCGACCUCUUUGCGGAGGAAAUGCAGAAGGCUUUACAAGCAGUAGCAUCUUCCAAGAACAGCAAAAAUAGUGAAGCAGAAGAAGACCUCUACAUAACAGCGCUACGCUUCAGAAUCCUGAGGCUGCAUGGCUACGAGGUUUUACAAGACGUGUUCAAUGCCUUCUUGGAUGACAAGGGUAAAUUCUCAAAAUGCAAAUCCACAGAGAUCAAAGGACUGCUUGAACUUUUUGAGGCCUCAUAUCUAGCUUUCGAAGGAGAAAGCAUCUUGGAUGACGCUAAAACAUUCGCAACAGAAACUCUCAGGAAUAUUUAUUCUACUUUGGAUAGCGACUUAGCCAAGGAAGUAGCCCAUGCUUUGGAGCUUUCGAAACAUUGGAGGGUAAAGUGGUUUGAUGUCAAAUGGCACAUCACCAUGUACGAGAACAGUAAAAACAUAGACGAAACUUUACUUGAAUUGGCAAAACUCAAUUUUAAUACAGUCCAAGCCACGCUUCAGAAAGAUCUCAGCGACAUUUCUAGGUGGUGGCAGAAUCUGGCGCUAAUGGAACAUUUAGACUUCACAAGGGAUCGACUGGCUGAAAGCUUCUUGUGUGCAGUUGGACUUGCUUAUGAGCCUGGAUAUAGUUGUUUCAGAAAAUGCCUCACUAAGAUCACAACUAUGAUACUGAUAAUAGAUGAUGUUUACGACGUUUAUGGUUCCCUGGAAGAGCUAGAGCAAUUCACCGACGCCGUUGAUAGUUGGGACACAAGCAAAAUUCAGCAACUACCGGAGUCCAUGAAGAUUUGCUUCCAAGCUCUAUAUGAUAUUACUAAUGAAAUUGCUUAUGACAUCCAAGAGCACAAUGAUCGGGAUGUCCAAGCAUUGCUUCAUCUGAGGAAAGCGUGGGCGGGAUUCUGUAAAGCGCUAUUUGUGGAAUCAAAGUGGUACAACGAGGGUUAUUGCCCUUCCCUUCAAGAGUAUCUGAGCAAUGCAUUGAUUUCAUCAGGAGGCACUGUGAUUUCUGUCCACUCAAUGCUUUCUGUGGAGCAUAACAUAGCAGACGAAAUGGUCAACCUGUUGGGCAAAAAUCAAGAUCUUGUUCACAAUGUAUCCAUCAUAAUUCGACUUUGCAACGACUUGGGGACUUCAGCGGCAGAGAACGAGAGAGGCGAUGCUCCAUCAUCAAUCCUGUGCUACAUGCGAGAAGUGGAUGUUUCGGAGGAAGAAGCUCAGGAGCAUAUCAAGGACACGAUAACCAGCACAUGGAAGAAAAUCAAUGGCCAAUGCUUGAGCACUCCAUCACCUUUGCUGCAAUCCUUUGUCAAAGUUACCGCUAAUGUUGCGCGCAUGGUGCAUUGCCUCUACCAAUUUGGAGAUGGAUUUGGCAUCCAGGACCUCGAGACCCGAAGGCACAUCCUUUCUCUCCUGAUCGAGCCUUUCAAGCUUGAUUAGCUUGGAGGCUUGAUCAGACGUCAAAAUCAUGCAAAUUGAAAAAUCUUGCACCAAUUAAUUAAUGAAGAAAGCAGCCUGCAAGGACAAAAUAAACUUGAGAAGCCCUGUGCUCCACCAGUCAAAAUUAAGAUUCCUCGUACUAUUUCACAACUUAUUUUGGGUGAGGAUUGUUGUCCCAUCUCUAGCCAAGGCACCACCACAAGGGUUACUGUCUAUGUAUAGGAAUAGGACAAUAGUUGCUGGUGAUUGUUUAAAACAUGGAACAACAAGGUUUUUUCCUUUUUUUUUCUUCUGUCAGUUGCAAUCACAUUCCUAUAUAUGUUACGUAUCUGUUUUUAGUUCUCAUUCAUGUACUGUCCCGUCAAAAAUGGCAUAAAAAAAAA